GCUCAGCCAUGAACAAGCUACGGCAGAGUUUCCGCCGGAAGAAAGAUGUGUACGUUCCCGAAUCGAGCCGACCGCACCAAUGGCAGACGGAUGAGGAGGCGGUCCGCAGUGGAAAGUGCAGUUUCGCCGUCAAGUACCUGGGACAUGUGGAGGUGGAGGAGUCCAGAGGCAUGCACAUCUGUGAAGACGCAGUGAAGCGCCUCAAAACGGACAGGAAAUUCUUCAAGGGAUUCUUUGCAAAAGCAGGGAAGAAACCGGUCCGUGCCGUGCUCUGGGUGUCUGCAGACGGACUUCGAGUUGUAGACGACAAAACAAAGGACUUGAUCUUGGACCAGACGAUAGAGAAGGUGUCUUUCUGCGCUCCAGAUCGGAACUUUGAGAAGGCCUUUUCCUACAUCUGCAGAGACGGCACCACGCGACGUUGGAUCUGCCACUGCUUCAUGGCCAUCAAAGACUCUGGUGAGCGUCUGAGUCAUGCGGUCGGCUGUGCGUUCGCGGCCUGUUUGGAGCGAAAACAAAAGAGGGAGAAGGAGUGCGGAGUCACGGCAACAUUCGAUGCCAAUAGAACGACCUUCACCCGGGAGGGGUCAUUCAGAGUCACAACAGCAACGGAAGCAGCUGAGAGAGAGGAGGUGAUGAGGCAACUUCAGGAUGCUAAGAAAGACACAGACCCUAAAGUCAGUGUGAACUCCAUCAGCAGUGGGACAAACUCCUCUGGGCCCCUUUCCGCAGGCUCCUCCUCCCCCUCUUCAUCCCCGCCCCUUUCUGCGCCCGUCCUGGGACCUCAGGUGAUCCCACGCCGCCACCCCACUCCUGAGGCUCUGGCCCGUCAAGGCUCCUUCAGAGGUUUCCCCACCCUGAGCCAGAAGACCUCCCCAUUCAAACGGGGGCGGUCUCUGCGCAUGAACGAACUGCCCUCCACACAGCAACGCAAAUCUGACUUCUCUAUAAACAACACAGUCCCCGAAGUGGAGGGAGAGAGCGACAGCAUCAGCUCUCUGUGCACUCAGAUCACCUCUGCGUUCAGUGGUCCUCCUGAAGACCCCUUCUCCUCUGCCCCCAUGCCUAAACCUGCUUCCUCCCCACAGUCUCCUGUCGCCUCAGUGAAUGGCUCUGCUCCCGCCUUCUCCAUGGCUGCUUCUGUUAACCCCCCUGCACUGCCCCCUGCUCUGCCCGCUCGGGACACUAACCCCUGGGCCAAGACCCCUGCCGUAGCCCCCACCGUCCCAUUACAGUCAGGUGCAGCAGACUGGGCUUCCCCUGCACCUGUCAUAGUGGUGCCCCCAUCAUCCUCUCCCGUCAUGGCGUCCCACAAGCGCACGCCGUCAGAGGCAGACAGAUGGCUGGAGGAAGUCACCAGAUCUGUGCAAGCCCCUGCUCCUCACCCCAUCAUCCCCACAGUCCCACAGCCGAACCCCCUCAUGCCCUCCGCCCCUCCUCCACCCUCUCAGCCCUUCAUCGCCCCGGUCCAGAUGCCAGCCGCGCCCGCUCCUCCUGUUGCCUUCAUGUCCGCUUUGCCCCCCACGGUCCCGAUGAUACCACCACGACAGCCGGUCUUCAAUGCCCCAGCUCCUGCCUCUUACCCCAUGUCCAAUGGGCUGUCCUUCCCCCAGCCCAGUGUCCCCGUUGUGGGUAUUACCCCAUCUCAAAUGGUGGCUAAUGUUUUUGGUUCAGCUACGCAAACCCAGCCCUUCCCAGCUCCCGUCAUUCCACCUCAAGAAGUCCCGGUAAUGAGUAACCCCAAUGUUAGCCCGUUUAUCAAGCCUCCGCAGCCCGUUUCAAACCAGCCUCAACCACCCAACGGCAGCGCCACAUUCAAUGGAGCAGACAAUUGGGUGAAUAAAACUCAAAUUCCCCAUUCUUCGCCGGCGAUGCAGCCCACCGAACCACCGCAGGAAGACGCCUUUGAGGCUCAGUGGGCGGCGCUAGAGAGCAGGUCACGUCAGCGCACCUCCCCUUCUCCCACGAAUCCAUUUUCCACCGAGCUUCAUAAAACUUUUGAGAUCCAGCUCUGAGGACUGCAGAUGGGAACUGAACAGCACUGUUGUAGUAAGAGUGAUUUAAAAGUGACUGUAUGUUUGGGAAAGUGAAUGUGGUCCCUCUGAUCCAGCGGACAAGCUAAAGCAGCAAAAAAGUUAUGAGCUGAACCAAUACAGGGAGAAAUCUCAACAGAUAAGGUGGGGGGGCUGAACCAAGACACAGCGCCCCUGCAGUUCAUCUACAUUGUCUUUAAUGUUUUGUUUGUGUUGUGGAGCACAGUCGCCAUUUCCCUGUGGAUUAUAAUCACUCAUCCACUGCCUUCGCUCAGCUCUCGGAACCCAGUGGGCGGGACAAAUGUGGAGACCUCCCUCCAAAUGACUGCAGCAUCGAGACGAGGAGUUCUCAAUAAAAAAAACUUCCCAAUCAGAAGAAUAGUGAGACAAUGCCAAAAUGUUUAUUUUUAUGCAUUAAGUAUAUUUUAAAUAGCUUUGGAAUCUAACAGAAGAGUUGUAAGUAAUCUUGCCAAAGGCGCAGGCUAGCUACAAUGAGAAGUUUAUGUGCGUGUAAACAAAAAAGACAGUAUAUAUAUUAUACAUAAAUAUAAAUAUAUCUAUAAAGAAUCUAUACUGUACACAGCUCACAGCAGUGCUAAUUUUUAAUGUGAUGUAAAGAGAUUUUGUGAAGGGACAGCUGCUUUACUUUUGUUUUGUUAGGUUUUUUAAUAUUUUAAGUUGAAAAGAUAUUACUGGCGUCUGCAUCCUGUGAUUGGGUGUGAAGCAUCUCACUGUAAAUAGGGUUUUGUUGCAGCAACAAUCGGUGUAGACCAUAGACUGUCUGUUAUACAGUCUGUAUAUUAUACAGUCUAUGGUGUGGACCUAGCGAUGGUGGCGGUGCCUGAAUGGUGGCCUCAUUUACCUGUGCAGAGUUUUUAGUAUCACUACUUAACAUUUUACUCUCAAACGCUCUACUUAAUUUUCAGAUUCACCUGUCUUUAAAGUAGUUGAAUGUUUUAUUUUGCACAAGCACUAAAGUAGAUGAAUUGACCUCACUUAAAUUAGUUAGUUUUGGUGCAUUCUGCGUUGGUGGCUACAAUUCUGAAAAGCACCCAAAACUACAGAGACCCAACAAACUCAUCUUCUUCUCCCUUCCUGGUUACUCUAUGGUUUUAUUUUUUUAAUCAAGCCUGUGAAUAUGAUCUAUUCUCUGAUCUAUUUUUCCAUUUUGUAAUUAUUUCAUUACUUUAUUCCACUUCUUUGGAGAUCUAUUGAAAAAAGAUUGAAUAAAUUGAUGGUGGUA